UUUUGAAAAGGCUCCUCUUGACCGCGUCUCUCAACCAUGUCUUCCCGCAUUGAACUCCUUAAUGCUGGUCUUCUUCGCAGCGAUGGUCGCAGACCUUAUGAGCUACGAACAAUAGCCAUCAACUUCGAAGCACAAGGAACGGCAGACGGCAGCGUCACCUACUCACAUGGCCUCACACAAGUUCGAGUCUCAGUCCUCGGCCCACACGAAGCAAAACCUGGAACAAGACGCGAAACAUUUCACGAUCGCGCAAUACUAAACGUCGAAGUCCAACUCGCCCCUUUUGGCGUCGGUGAACGAAGAAGAAGAGGUAGAGGCGAUAAGCGCCUCCUCGAACUCGCAGCAUCAAUCAAAAGCACAUUCGAACCCGUCGUUCAAACUCAUCUCUACCCCCGUAGCACAAUCGACAUAUUCAUCCAUGUCCUCCAACUUGAUGGCGGCCUCCUCCCCGCUUGCAUAAACGCCUCCACCCUCGCACUCGCAACCGCAGGCAUCCCUCUAUUCGACUUUGUCUGCGCUAUCAGCGGAGGCGUGCAUGGCACUCAGCCGUUACUCGAUCUAACAACAGUCGAGGAAAACGACGUGCCGAGCGUCGUGGUGGGCGUUAUGCCUCGUACAGGACGCGUGACCCUCGUGCAGAUGGAGACCAGGUUGCAUAUGGAUCGUUUUGAGGAGGUGUUUAGAGUCGCGUGCGAUGCAGGCAAGGUCCUUUGGAGUGAGAUGAGGGAUGCGCUCAGGGAACAAACGGGCGAUCUGGUCGAUAAACUUGAGGCUGGACCUGGGAUGGUUGCGGUGAAGGAGACUGAGGAUACGUAGGAUUAAUAGGUGACUUCCCGUAAGGUUUUACAAACAAAAGACGUCUGACUCGGCAGUCAAGCAAGAGCACAAGCUCAGUUAGUAUUUAGCGUUCAGCGUGAGUGAGCAAGGACUAGCUAGUAGAUACGUCUAAGUACGAGGGUAACCAUUAUUAGUUUGAGUGAAUAAUCACAUGAAUCACGACUCACAUUCUGCUGUUU